AUGAGGACGUUGUGUCCGCCAAUCAGCUGGACGAGUCGCCGUAACAGUGUCAGUUUUCCCGUACAGCACCGUGAGCAAUGGGGUGGAAGGCGUCUGUGUUUUUUCUCGUUUUAGCAGUGGCUGUGACGUGCCUUGGUUCACGCGGAGAGACAGCAGCAGUAGAUAUUGGUGAUGGCUCUCUCUCAGCGUCAGCCCCCCUCGUUGAGCCAGAUAAUGUCGCUGCUCCAGCUCGGUCACGUCGCGAAGCCCUUAAACCAUUGCCUAGGACUCAGGAGGCAGGAAGGUCAGAGGACGAUGCAAAAGCUGAAAAGAAAGCAAAGGAGAAGGCAGUGCUGCUGGGACCCAUGAAACUGGCAGCGGACAGUCAGCAUGGUCCUGUAGCACAGCCCAAAAAACAGCCUAAGAUGGCCCCUAAAGCACAGCUCAAGCAACAGCCUAAGACAGUCACCAGAGCAAAGCCCAAGCAACACCCUAGGACAGUCCCCAAAGCAGUUCCUAAGGGUCAGUACAAGGCAGUCCCAACAGCACAGCCUAAACAAGCCCCCAAACCUAAACAGGUCCCAAAAGUACAGAUGAAGCCACAUUCAAAGCCAGCCCCCCAGCCACGACCUGAACAGCUGCCCAAGCUAGAUCCCAAACCACUGCCUGAGAAACACCCUGAACUCCAGUCAGCUGAAUCCCAGCCUGAGCCACAGCCUGAAUCACAGCCUGAGCCACAGCCUGAACUACAGCCUGCAUCACAGCCUGAGCCACGACCUGAACCACAGCCUGAAUCACAGCCUGAACCACAGCCUGAAUCACAGUCUGAGCCACAGCCUGAGCCACAGCCUGAACCACAGCCUGAGUCACAGCCUGAACCACAGCCUGAAUCACAGUCUGAGCCACAGCCUGAGCCACAGCCUGAACCACAGCCUGAAUCACAGUCUGAGCCACAGCCUGAGCCACAAGCUGAACCACAGCCUGAAUCACAGGCUGAGCCACAGCCUGAAUCACAGGCUGAACCACAACCUGAAUCACAGCCUGAAUCACAGCCUGAGCCCCAGCCUGAAUCACAGCCUGAGCCACAACCUGAAUCACAGCCUGAGCCCCAGCCUGAGUCACAGCCUGAGCCCCAGCCUGAGUCACAGCCUGAGCCACAGCCUGAAUCACAGCCUGAAUCACAGCCUGAGCCACAGCCUGAAUCACAGCCUAAACAACCUAAGUCAAAGCCUGAGCCACAGCCUAAACAACCUAUGUCACAACCUGAGGCACAGCCUGAAUCACAGCCUGAGCCACAACCGGAACCACAAUCUGAGCCACAACCUGACCGAAAGCCUAAGCCACAACCUGACCCAAAGCCUGAGCCACAACCGGAACCACAAUCUGAGCCACAACCUGACCGAAAGCCUAAGCCACAACCUGACCCAAAGCCUGAGCCACAACCUGACCCAAAGCCUGAGCCACAACAUGACCCAAAGCCUGAGCCACAACCUGACCCAAAGCCUGAGCCACAACAUGACCCAAAGCCUGAGCCACAACCUGACCCAAAGCCUGAGCCACAACAUGACCCAAAGCCUGAGCCACAGCCUGAAGCAGAACACAAAGUAAAGCCUGCACUCAAGCCAAAUGUAAAGCCUGAAGCCAAACCAAAACCCAAGACAGAGCCCAAAGAAAAGCAUGAUGAAAAACCAGGAGUCAAGCCUACUAAACCUAAGCCUAAAACAGAGCAUGACACAAAGCCUGCACCAAAGGACAAGUCCAAACCUACACCACCUAAGACUAAGCCUGAAGCUCAGCCCAAACAACAGCCAAAGGAAGCAGUACCCAAGGACAAGUCUUCACCCAGUGAGGAGCAGAAGCCCGUCCCUCCCCUUGCCCUGCUCCCCAAGUCCUCGCCUCCCCCGCCAGCCUCCUCCCAGGGAAAGGUUAAAUCUAACUCGGCAAUGGCACAUGUCCUGGAAAAUGCAGACUCAGAAAGGGCGGCGGUGCAACCUCCGAUAAAUGAGGGAAUGGCGACCCACAGCAAGGUGGGACUCAUAUCCAUCACCCUCAUCACCCUCGCUGUGGCCGCAACCUUUCUGGGGGUGUGGUACAGGAGGAUCAGUUUUGAUCAUAAUCGCUACAAGGAUCACACUCUGCUGGCAGAUGAUGAGGAAGAAUUUGGUGUCUUCAAUCGCUACAGCUACAACUCAACAGACUACAACACUUAUCCCUCCUGGAAUGAUAUGCCACAUUAGACUGUUGAACAUCAUCAGUUUCUGAUAUUUCACUUGCUGUUACGACUUGGAAAAGCUGAAUUUUAUUUGCUACUUGCCUUAAAUCUCUCUCUCUCUCUCUCUCUGUUUAUUUAUAUCUGAUGCCCUAUUCCCUCAUGAAAACUUUUCCCUAAGGGUAACCACAGCAAAAGUCUCCACUUUUCCCUGCUCUGGCACUCCCUUUUCACACUUUCAAACCCUCGCCUGCCAACUUGCCUUUAACAAUAUGAAUAAACCAAUGACAGAUGAGGCUUGCACAGCAUGGCUUUCACUCCUGUGGAACAGUUCCUCUGAGUAAUGUGGAGUCAUCUUAAGAUAAGACUGAGUGAAAGUAUGCAGCUCCAAUGUAGCCAUUACCUGAAUACUGUUCCAUUCCAAGACAGUACCACAGAAUACCCUUCCACAUACCCUCGAAUGCAGCAGUUGUAUAAGCAAUGAAAUAUAAACCUUAUAACUUAUCUUACUAACAUAUACAAUCGUCUGGUCAGUACACUUGUAAUGAAGGUAGAAAAGCAUUCUUGGGUUACAUGAUGAAUCAGUUAUCAUAUUGGGAGUUCAUGAAACAAUUCAAGCUGUUCAGAUAUAAAGGAAAUAUGUAAUUUAAGUAAUGGCUCUUUUUCACACAUGGGUAACUGAUGCUUCAGAGAUGUUAAGAUUGGAUUCCCGAAUUACUUCUAAAAUAGGUAAAUAAGCAACAAUCUUGACAAAAUUGUUAUCGUGCAUCAAACACUGGUAGAACAAAACAUUUCUCGUUAACAAAAGCUGGUGGCUGAUGUGAGGCCAUCACUUGGGUCUCUUUAGUGCCUUGCCUGUGUCCUUCAGUACACGUUGCAGUCUUCUUUCAAAUUCAAGUGAUGUAAAAUCUACACUAUAAAAAAUUCAAAUAAUUGAAACUAUCUUUAUUUUAACAACAACAUAACAUUAAAAAUUAUGCAUACCCUACAUUUUUAUGCUGAGUUUGUGAUACAGACACCACACACCUCUUCAACGUCCAGAUGAAAAUUACAAAGCAAAACUCUACUCUGCAUCCCUGUACAAAAUAAAUAUCCUCUAUCACAAUAUAUUUUGAGAUAUACAUAAAAUGUUGUACUAAUAAGCAAAUACUGUACAUAACUUAGUCCUUUAUAUAGAGUAUAAUACCCCAAUGGAAUGUGUGGCCUUGAGAUGACUGCUUCUAAGUCCAGGUUGAUCCUUACUUUAAUAAAUAUCAGGAUUUGGUCUGCACGGGCACAGCCAGUUUAUCAUUUGAUGCAGCUGCUGACAAGGCAUAAAAAUCUUUGCACAUAACUCUUAUUUCUAGAUCUUGGCAAGUAGUUCUCCCACUCCUUUACUUGAUGUAAUGAAUCAGCCUAUUGAGCAGAUAGAAUGAAACACAUUUUUUGUGCAGCUUACAGACUACAAGAUUCAGUUUUCAUUGGAUGAAGUUUUCCCAUAACCUUUGAGUAAAGUCUUAAUGUAUAUUACAUUAAUACUAUUAGACUGUCAAGCCAAUUAAAAUGUAUCUGUGUAAAACACUAUAUUUUAGAGCAAUUUGACAAGCACAGCAAUGGUUAGAUUACAACAUCAUAACACACAAACUGCACUGCAGCAUCUCACUGAAACAGAAGAGGAGAAAUUUCCAGGAAAAAUAAUAUGUUAAAAUGAGGGUCAACCUGUCCUUGUUUAACACAAUAUACUCUUCCUUAUUGGACUGUGUGAAUAUUAGGGUUAUAUUAGUGACUGUAGUUUACAAUAGAAACUAUGAUAUGUCUAACUCAUAAAGUAUAAUUUUAAACAAUACUUUAUCAUAUAGUGUUUUAUCAAUAAAUGUUUUGCUUGGCA